GCACGAUUGAUUGCAUAACGUCUCAAGGCCUCAACGAAUGAUCGCAUGCUUUGCUCCGCGAGCGCGCAUGGGGGGGAAUGUGUGAAUCUGUACUUCCUUCAAUUUCUAUGAUUUCCUCCACCUUUCCCGUGUCCAUUGAGCGUUUCCUACGAUCACGAUGAACUCGUACGUGUGUAGACAAUGCAGAGUCAGGCUCGCGGGGCGCCUCACGAAUUUCACAAACCCCCAAUGGCAAUCCAGAGCGUCAUUCAUCUCCCUUCGAAACGAACAAUCAACGACGCCCCAGCAAGAAGCUUCUUCUACCGAACGAGAAUCUCUUGGACCACAAGAGACAGCACAGAAUAACAACCACGUACCUACUAGGAAUACCGAGGACACUACGAACGCGAGCUCAUUGGAACAACGGAAGUUCCAGCGACCGGUCAAUAGGGGGCGAUAUUCAAAGUACACCACCUUUGAUAAUGAAGUUGCUUUGAGCUCAGAAUUGGAGGGCGAGGUAUCGCAGCACGAGCCCGACAGGCGCGCAGACUCUGGGACACGUUCAUAUGCUGUCCAGAUCAACCGCUAUUUGAAGCAAAAGGAUCUACAAAGAGCUUGGGAUUUGUUUCUGGAGGCAUAUCCAGCAAGGGGUUGUCCUGCGCUUGCUCAUCCUUCGUAUAACGAUUUAUCAUUGAUGGGAAGCCACUCGGUGUUUGAGGAUCUCUUGUCAAACUUAGUACAUGCUUUUUGUCGUGGAGCACAUGUACCAGUCCGCCCAACUUCGGUAUUGCACAAGUACGAAUUGUUGGGCAUUCAAACUCCAAACAAUUGGAAAGGCACCUUUCGAAAACUCACAGAUACUACCUUAGCGGCCAUACAUGCCAAAGAAGGGAAUGCUGAAGCUCUUUUCAGCGAAUUGCUAUCUGUAUGGAGGUUCUUCUUUCAGUGCAAGGGGCAAGUGGAACUUCCACUAGAAACCCUCGAUACGGAAUGGAAAUCGAUGCCUCAGGUUGAUGACGUCAAGGAGGUAUUGAGGGAUGCAUCCGUCGCUCGGGACUUCAACCGUCGAAUGCAAAUCUUCCAUCCAAAAAGCUUGGGCAGUACUAUCCUGGGAUUUUCGGCUUUGACAGUCUUUAUACUCCUCAGAGGACAGAACAGCUUCACUGCGGUGCUCCCCAAAGAUUUGGCAACCCAACACGCCCCUUUCUUAAGGCUUAUCACAUAUCUACUUCCAGGCUCCACCAUUCAAUCCACACUUACACACGCAGAUCUGUCAUCUGAUUUCAAAAUGCUACCAAAGGAUUUCCGCACUGAUAUCGUCAAACAGAUCGCAUUGGCGCCAUCGCUAGCCAUCAACAUGAUAGGCGAAAAAACCUUUGAAGGAGGCCCAUUGACCGAAGAGCAACGAGCAGAUAACAAGGAGCAAAUGCUACUAAAACGAAUCGACCGAGCCAUCAAUGAGAAAUCUCAUAAGCACAAGGUGGAACGAAUAUGGGCCGAAACCAUCAUGGCUUAUACAAAGGAGGAUGGCGCUGCCAACAUUCCCCCAAUCGUCUAUAACUCCUUCUUAACGGGCUUCCUGGCUUUGUUCGCCUCAGACCAGGCGGUGACAGUCUGGAAUCAUAUGAUGGAACAUGGCGUGAAGCCAGAUGUAACAACGUGGACCGCUAUGCUCACUGGAUGUGUAAGAGCUCGGGAUCUUCGCGGUCUGAACGCCAUGUGGGCAAGGAUGAUACAGUCUGGUGUUCAACCCGACAAUUUCGCAUGGACUACUCGAGUCAACGGCCUCAUCUCUCUUCGCGAAAUCAAUGCUGGCUUCUCAACACUUGAUGAAAUGGGCAAAGCAUGGCUUGCUUCACAGCAUUCUCCAUCUAGUCAAGAAAUGUCUCAUAAGCAGAAGAAAUCGCCAACAAACAAGUCGGUCAUUCACACCAAGCCUUCAAUUGAAGUCAUCAAUGGCGCUAUAACAGCUCUGGCCAAUCUCCCCCAACGACAGCUCUCAUUCGACCGCAAGCGUGACUUCAUCCAUAAAGUCCUUAGCUGGGCCCGCACUUUUGAUAUCUCCCCGGAUGCCCGCACCUACAACAGCUUGAUAAAAGUCUAUCUUGUCGGCAAUGACCACGAAACGACCUUCAAGCUUCUCCGCCAAAUGGAGUCGCAGGGCAUUCAAGCCGAUCUUGCGACUUACACUAUGCUCGUCCGGGCCUCCUUCGACAAUGCUGACUUCGCUGCCCUCGACCAAGACGCUCAAGCAGCACACAUCACAACUCUAUUCACACAGCUAGAGUCCUCCGGCCUCAGAUUGAACUCCUACAUUUACGCAACUACCAUCGAUACCAUGCUCAAGCAGUACAAGAAUUUCCCCGCUGUCCGUGCAGUGAUAAGCUACAUGACCUCUCGUAACAUGUCUCCCGGUCCCCACAUCUACACCUCGCUCUUCACGCAUUACUUUCAAGAAUCGCCCCCGAACAUCGCGGCUGCCGAUUCUCUCUGGCUGCAGAUCUUACAAACACCCGGCGCAGGCACGGACAAGUUUCUCUUCGAUCGCAUCAUCGAGGGCUAUGCCGCUGCUGGUGAGGUGGGCAGGAUGAUGACGGUUCUCACGCGCAUGUCGAAACAUGGCAAGCUUCCCGGGUGGGAUGCCAUUGUCGCUGUUGUACGUGCUCUGGUUCACGCUGGGGAGAGGGAACGUGCCAGGAAUGUGGUCAGAGAUGUGAGAAGCGGAGAGGGCGUUGCGAAGGGUGGAAUCACGGGUGGGCAACACGGGGAGCAGAAUUUCUUCCAUGUUGUUGUAAACGAGUUAGGUCUGCUCACUGAGGAUGGCGAGUCAUUAGAGGCCGCUCAACAAGAAGAUCCCAAUUCUGGCGGACACUGAAAUCCGAAGCGAACGGGAUCUGAAUUAUGAUCUAGAUGCCAUCUAUGCGCUUAGGCAAACGACAAAGUGUAGCAUUUGAGUAGUCAAGAGAUCGUGAGAAUAUGAGGUGGUAAUCAAUACCUCAUCCUUUUGGUGCAUGCAAGCAUGUACGUCUACGAGAAGAAAAGGUACCAAAUUAUAUAUAAAAUAGGUUAAAU